GCUGCGCGCGCAUUUAAAAUAUUUACGACGGAAGUGCAACGGCUGAAACCCGGAGAAGAGCGACAACGGGAGUGAAAACGAAGCGGAAUUAGUCAAUGAGAGGGAGGAGAGAGAAAGCGAGAAGGAGUAUGUGUGUGUGUGUGUGUGCGUGUGUGUGCGACAGGGAGCUGGACGUGGCGGGUCCGACAGGGGUUUGAAGUGGGUUCCGCGUACGGCGCGUUGACGGGCUAUAGAAAAAAAAGCAAUGAACCGGGGAGACGUCAGGAGCCAGGGGAAUCAUUGUUGUUCCUAACCCAGGCCAGAGGUUGCUGCGCCAUCAGUGACGCACCCCCGCUUAGGAACCCAUCAUUUGUCUUGUAAAAGUAACACAUAUUACUCAUAACGGAAGCUUUGGUCAGUUGGUGGACUAGUUUCCACCAGGAUGGCAGAGUUGGAGACAGAAAGCAUCACUUUAGGACUAAAUAAUUUAGUGUCCGAAUGCAGCACUCCACCACUUGACCCCUUGCAGCCGGAGUGCACCACGCCAACCCUGACCAUGCUCUCAUCAGAAUGUAGCACACCCACACUCAGCUCGCUCGCUUCUGAGAUCGUAGAGCCCAUGGCUAUGUUGCCAUGCAUAAAGAGUGAGCCCGACCUCGACCCCAUCUGCACGGUGGACCUGUCCAUAAUCCAGCCCCUGAGCACGGCAGAGCUUGGCUCCGAACAAAUCAAGAUGGAAAUCAGCGGCCUUGACUAUAUCAAGUCUGAGCACCAUAACGACCUACAUUCCUUUCAUUGCACGGAGCUGGACUCCUACAAGUCGCACUAUGAACCCAGCCUGGUGUUUGACUACAUCACCCACGUCUCAGAUAGCCUCGAGUAUAUCAAAUCAGAGCAACAUUCUGACCUGCAGAGUUACUACACCACAGAGCUUAGUGCAAUCAAGACCGAGUAUGAACCUAACCUCAUGUCCAGCCACCUCAAAACCGAGAUGAAUGGGUUGGAGUCGAUUCACAUGGCAGAGCUGCGCUCGGAGCUCAACAAACUCCGACCUGAUGCCAUCAUUGAUGGUAUGGGGAAAAUGGACUCUGAUUUCCCCUCGGGAAAUCUUUACGAGUUGAUGUCUGUCCAGGUGAGUAAAGCGCCUGUCGCACACAACCAAACCAGCACAAAAAGCCACGGCCCACGCAAACCUCGCAACCUCACAGGUGAGAAACCGUUCUCUUGCACUCAGUGCGGAAAGAACUUCAGUACCUUGGGUAACCUGAAGACUCACCAACGAAUCCACACCGGUGAAAGGCCUUACACCUGCUCCCAGUGUGGCAAGAGCUUUGGACAGGCUGGUAACUUGAAAAGGCACCAGCUGAUCCACACGGGGCAAAAACCAUACAUCUGCGCACACUGCCCGAAAGGUUUCACCAAAGCGGAUGAUCUCCGCUCGCACCAGCGGCUGCACACAGGUGAGAAGCCUUUCAGUUGCGCGGAGUGUGGCAAAAGCUUCAGUCAAACAAAGGAACUCAAAGCUCACCAGUUGAGCCACACUGGUGAAAGGCCUUUCUGUUGUUCGCUCUGCGGCAAGAGCUUCACUAAAGAGACAAGUUACCACAAUCACCAGCAAAUUCACACAGGUGAAAAACCAUACAGCUGCUCCCAGUGUGGGAAAACUUUCAGCAAUUCAGGGGUCCUCAGAACUCACGAGAAGAUUCAUUCUGGCGAAAGACCGUUUGGCUGCACCCAGUGCGGCAAAAGUUUUGGUCGCUUGGGACAUCUAAAAGCACAUCAGCAAAUUCACACAGGGGAACGACCGUAUAUAUGUCAGCAGUGCGGGAAGAAUUUCAGCCAGUCGGGUCACCUCAAAGCACACGAGCAAAUUCACAAAAGAGAAAAACCAGAUCUUAGCAGUGGCAGCAGUCUCAGUAACGAUAGUACCUAAACACCUCAUUAUGUCUCAAAGUAUUACACUUUUUUUCAUUCUUUUUCUUUGUUUUAUAAAAGCUACAAUAUAUAUAUGUAUAUGUAUAUAUAUAUAUAUAUAUAUAUAUAUAUAUAUAUAUAUAUAUAUAUAUAUAUAUAUAUAUAUUUAUAUAAAUAUAUUAUGAAAUAUAUGUUUCAUUAUGUUUUCAUAUCUUUACAGCUCUUUUCUUCAUUUUUUUGUUUGUUUGUUUUUUUUGGUACAGUUGUGACUGAUUUUCUCUUAUGAAAGUGUCUAUGUUUGGGAUCAGUGAGGUUACAGAAAUAUUUGUAUCUUGUCUGAUCUGUGUUGUAGUGAGUGCCAUUCUAGUUUCUUUCCUCCAGUAAAAUACUGUGUACACAUUUUCUUGAUCAUAUGUAAUUCUUUAACCAUGUACUGGAAUUAAUUAUUAAAGAAACUAA